AUGAAUUACAUAUGCUCAGCGACCUAUCUAAGUUUGUUCAUUAUCUAUCUAUCUAUCUAUCUCAUUCUGUUCGUAUCUAGACAUCUACCUAAGUCAGUUCAUAUCUAUCUAUCUAUCUAUCUAUCUAUCUUCAUAUCUAAGUCUGUUCAUAUCUAUCUAUCUAUCUAUCUAUCUAUCUAUCUAUCUAUCUAUCUAUCUCAUUCUGUUUGUGUCUACAUUUACCUAAGUCUGUUCAUAUCUAUCUAUCUAUCUAUCUAUCUAUCUAUCUAUCUAUCUCAUUCUGUUUGUGUCUACAUUUACCUAAGUCUGUUCAUAUCUAUCUAUCUAUCUAUCUAUCUAUCUAUCUAUCUAUCUCAUCUCAUUUCUGUUUUCUGUUCUAUCUAUCUAUCUAUCUAUCUAUCUAUCUAUCUAUCUAUCUCAUUCUGUUUGUGUCUACAUUUACCUAAGUCUGUAUCUAUCUAUCUAUCUAUCUAUCUAUCUAUCUCAUUCUGUUUGUGUCUACAUUUACCUAAGUCUGUUCAUAUCUAUCUAUCUAUCUAUCUAUCUAUCUAUCUAUCUAUCUAUCUCAUUCUGUUUGUGUCUACAUCUAUCUUUAUCUAUCUCAAGUCUGUUCAUUUAUCUAAUCUAUCUAUCUAUCUAUCUAUCUAUCUAUCUCAUUCUGUUUGUGUCUACAUUUACCUAAGUCUGUUCAUAUCUAUCUAUCUAUCUAUCUAUCUAUCUAUCUCAUUCUGUUUGUGUCUACAUUUACCUAAGUCUGUUCAUUAUCUAUCUAUCUAUCUAUCUAUCUAUCUAUCUCAUUCUGUUUGUGUCUACAUUUACCUAAGUCUGUUCAUAUCAUAUCUAUCUAUCUAUCUAUCUAUCUAUCUCAUUCUUCUGUUCAUAUCUAUCUAUCUAUCUAUCUAUCUAUCUAUCUCAUUCUGUUUGUGUCUACAUUUACCUAAGUCUGUUCAUAUCUAUCUAUCUAUCUAUCUAUCUAUCUAUCUAUCUCAUUCUGUUUGUGUCUACAUUUACCUAAGUCUGUUCAUAUCUAUCUAUCUAUCUAUCUAUCUAUCUAUCUAUCUCAUUCUCUAUCUAAUUCUGUUCGUAUCUACAUUUACCUAUCUAUCUAUCUAUCUAUCUAUCUAUCUAAGUAUAUUUAUUCGUCUGUUCCUAUCUAUCUAUCUAUCUAUCUAUCUAUCUAUCUAUCUAGUAUUGCAAGGAAAGGUGCAAUCAUGUUCAUGUACAAUUCAAACUAAUGCACACAAAUAUCAUUGCCGCCAUCGCCACUACCACUACCACCGCCUCUUCUCCUCACAUUUUUUUUCAUCCACUUCCCGUUCUCCUAUCUCACCCUCUAUUUCUCCAUUUCUUUUUAUUCAUUCUAUCUUUCUCUUUCUCUACUUCUCCCAUGAUGUGCUAAAGUUGCAAUGA